GGCAGCGGAGCCGCUUCCCAGGUAAGGGACACCUCACUCCCCAUCCCCGGCAGUCCUGCUCACUUUAUUGCUGUGCGACAACAAAAGGGGACCCUGGGAGCGGGGAGUAGCAGUGUCAGAAACUUCUUCAUUGUUUGUGAAAUCCCAGUCCAUGAAGAGCCUGAACUCAGACACAAAGGCAGGCGCUAAUUAACCACUGGAACGCUUCUGCCCCGGCACGGAAAGCAAGAGCUGUGCCAGAGAAACAGCAGCCAUCCCUCUGGUCCUCCAAGGGCUGUGAACAGCCAGCCAGGCACAAAAUUCCCCCUUCUGCUUCCUUGUUCCUGCCAGCCCCAGAAGAACUCUCACUGUAGACAGCUGAACGGGAGCCGCUCAACUCCCCCAGCAAAGAAAAGCCAAAGCUCACCGGAAUGCUCUCGGAAAGAAGAGUUCCUUGAUUUAUUUAGAAAGUCAUUAUUCUCUUGUUUUCUUAGUUCAUGGAGCCUUAUGUCUUCCAAACAUUUUUUUCUCCCAUCAUCACUUCAAAAUCUAACUUCUCCAACAGGGGGGAGAGGUAAGUCAGGUGGUCCAUGAAGCCUCACAAUUCACCUUUGAAAAUAAGCUGCAUCUAAAUGAGGUAACAGCUGCUUCUCACAGGAGGGGGAAAAUAUCCCAACCAAACAAAAAACCUCUCACUUCUGGGCUAAUGAGGCUUUCAGUGGGAUCUGAGGGUGGUCUGUGGUCAAUAGGCAUGGGAAACAUCUCCUUUUGGGAUGAUCUGAACAGCUCCUGCAGCAAUGCAGGCAACAGCUGCUACCUGGAAAACAGCAUGAGGUUCAACUUCACCCUCCAAGAGCAGGCAGCUGAUUUCUACGUUGUCCUGCCCGUGAUCUACUCUGUGAUCUGUGCUGUGGGGCUCACAGGCAACACUGCUGUCAUCUAUGUGAUCCUCAAGGCCCCCAAGAUGAAGACUGUGACCAACAUGUUCAUCCUGAACCUUGCUAUCGCUGAUGACUUGUUCACCCUUGUCUUGCCCAUCAACAUUGCAGAGCACCUCCUCCGCUACUGGCCCUUCGGAGAAAUCCUCUGCAAGGUCAUCUUGUCCAUAGACCACUACAAUAUCUUCUCCAGCAUUUAUUUCCUGACAGUGAUGAGCAUAGACAGGUACCUGGUGGUGCUGGCUACGGUCAGGUCCAAGAGGAUGCCGCACCGAACGUACCGAGCAGCCAGGAUUGUCAGCCUGUGCAUCUGGAUCCUGGUCACCAUCAUAGUCCUCCCUUUCAUCAUCUUUGCCAACGUCUACACCGAUGACCUGGAGAUCAAGAGCUGUGGUCUCAAUUUUCCCAAGCCUGAGAGGUUUUGGUUCAAAGCCAGCAGGAUCUACACCCUCAUCCUUGGCUUUGCCAUUCCGGUAUCCACCAUCUGCAUCCUCUACACCAUGAUGCUCUACAAGCUGAGGAACAUGCACUUGAACUCCAAUGCCAGAGCCCUGGACAAAGCCAAGAAGAAAGUCACCAUCAUGGUCUUCAUAGUCCUGGCUGUGUUCCUCUUCUGCUGGACCCCCUUCCACCUGGCCACCAUCGUGGCUUUGACCACUGACUUACCCCAGACCUCCAUGGUCAUUGGGAUAUCCUACUUCAUCACCAGCCUAAGCUAUGCCAAUUCAUGCUUGAAUCCUUUCUUGUACGCUUUCCUGGAUGACAGUUUUCGGAAAAGUUUCCGGAAGCUGCUGGAAUGCAGAACUUCUUGAACAGGAAGCUGGGGCUGGCAGGUCCCUGCCCUUCCAGGGUUUUUCAGGAGAAACUUUGCAGACUGGAGGAGUGGCCAACGAAUGCACAACAUCCUUUCUUUGGUUUACAUGUAAUGUGUGGUCUGUUUGUAACCCUCAUCAGCAACAGGGUUUGUCCUGCCCAUUUGCAACUCUUGUAUUUCCCCUCUUU